UGACCGACUCAUCCCUGAAAGUUAAGGUGGUGGUGAUGUGACGUGUCAUCGAGCACCGAUCUAACGUUCAUGUGCUUAAAGCCGGCUUCUGAGCCGAGCCGCUACUUCUUUGCUUUGCCUCAGUCAGUGACUAAUGGAGGUCUGUACUGAGCCGCAAAGAAAUGCUCACGUUUCGUCGCCUCGUCUUCUCUGCCCCAGUCCUUUGGUGGAGGUAAGAUCAUUGCGAGUGUUGGAUCCUAGGAAUCAUACCGCUUUCGCUCCAAAACUGCAUUGGCUUCUCUCUCUCUCUCUCUCUCUCGACUCUUUAUAUCCACUGCAUUGGCUUCUCCGUUUCUUCGAUCCAAGUUGACUUGGACAGGGCGACUUAACGGACCAUAGAGUACGAGAGAGAGAGAGAGAGAGAGAGAGAGAGGGAGUGUGUGUUAAAAGAUUACAUCAUUGAUCGGAGCAGUGGAAAGAAGAAGAAAGGAACGAUCUUGAUGGGUCUUUCGUGGCCCUUUAGAGUUAAUUUGGAAUUUUAGAAUCAUCUCUUUGUUUAGAGGUCAGGGAGACUGUUACGUGGUGCGCAUUAAAGAUGAUUUCUUUGCUCGUUUAGCGUUGACGGAUCGCGGGAAAGAUGAGGACCUUGAUUUUUUGGCUAAUAAACACCGGCAAGCAAAUUUCCAUCUUUGCCUCAAUGUUUUAUAUGUUUGUCUUGGAUCAAUAGGAUUCAUGUGACAUUAUUUCCAGCAGCAGGUUUCAGUUCUGGAGAUCAUUUCACGGAUUUCUCUGUGGUUAGUAUCAAUGGAUUUGAAGUGUAGGGUUUGUUUUAUUGAAGGUUAGAGGAGUACGUGAGGUGGAAAAGAAAAAGAUUCUUCUUUUCUUUGGUUGUCUGACAAAAGGAACAAGAUUGAUCCAAAAAACACUUUACAGAACUCAUGAAACCAAAAAGGAGAGAACUUUGAAGAACUUUAAGAUCCCUUCAUUCGGUUGUUAUUUCCCCUGAUGAUCAGAUAGGAGCAAUCGAGGCAAGAUUGUUCUAGUAUUCUACGAGUUCCAAUUCAUCCUUUGGAGAUGGGAGCAAAGGAGAGGAGGUCGCCUUUCCAUGUUUCUGAGAUUAAAAGAUUCAGGGUAUUGUGCUGCGGAAGAGGUCCAGAUCGGUCAGCAGCAAACAAGGCCUGAUGUCUGAUCCUGCUUCCCUCUUAUCUUCCAAUGCUGCCUCUCUCUUCACCUCUCCAAGGCUCCUUGUUGGCUUCUCCCCAAAGAGCACUGCAGACCCCGAAGCAGGCGCAUGCCAUACUUCCAUACUGGAGACCAAGCCGUUUUCUGCCAUUAGGAACCCCUUCUUCUUCUGUAGGAACUCAAUAAUGGCCAUCUUCUCAGCAACUGUUAGUCCCAUUUCUGCUAACGAGUGCAGACAGCUACCUCGGGAGAAUGGGGAACCAAGAGCCAUUGGACUUGGCCUACUUGAGGUCCUCGCCGCUGGAGACUCUGUUAAGAAAACUUCCAAGACAGAGAAGAGGAUGGUGGUCUUUGGGUCUCAGCUUAAGAUUCAAAUACCUCCUCUUCCUACCGAUCCUCCUCAGUUCAGCUCAACUCCGACAACAGACUCUGGCGACUCCCUUCAAUCACCUAUAGAGUUUGGCAUCAAGACUAGGAAUUCACUGUUGGCCUUGUACUCUCCUGCUCGGAGAUCUUCUGCUGAGACAGGCCGGAUGGGUUCUGAUACGCUGAAUUCUUCUCCCCGGGUUUCGACGGGGUGCCUUCCGCAGUCGGAGAUGGAACUGUCGGAGGACUACACUUGUGUGAUCUUGCAUGGGCCAAACCGGAGGACCACUCAUAUCUAUGAUAAUUGCAUCAUCGAGAGUUGCUGUAAUGGAUUUGCCACUUCAGCGAACGAGAUUAGGUCUUCUAAUGAUCAGUCAGGCUAUGCAUCAGAUGAUUUCUUGAGCUUCUGCUGUGGUUGCAAGAAGAAAAUUGGCCCAGGGGAGGAUGUUUACAUGUAUAGGUUGGUCAGCUAAUCUCAAUUAUGUGUUGUGCUGCUGCCUUCAGUUAUCUUUGAAUUAUUUUAGUGCAUAUCCAGACAAGGAAACUGCACCACAUAAUUGUGUCAUGAGCAAAUCAUUAGGAUUCUGGUCCAUAUGAUCACUACAUCAUUGUGGAAAGAAUGUUCUUUUCCCUGUUAUUUUGCAUCAAUUAUUGCAUCUAUUUUGAUCAAAUAUAGGUAAGUCUGACCAGGUUUCAUGUUUGUCUAUU